AUGAACCUUAUCUCAUUCGGUCUAUUGCAUCCACUGCUACUUGUUUUCUUAGUCGGAUUUGUCCAGACGUGCGUUCCAGAGUGUUCAGAUUACACGCAACUCUGUGCACCAGAUAGCGUCUGCAGGGUAAAAUGUCAAAACUCUCAUCAAUGCCCAUCAAACAGUAAGGGCAUUCACUUAAUGUGCCAUCCGAAGCUUCUCCUCUGCUACGAGAUGUGCCGGUUCCAUUCUGACUGUGACCUGACCUCAGGGAUGACUUGCAUCGCGGGGUACUGCCAAAAGGGCUGCCUGUUUGAUGACGAUUGCGGAGCCGGGAUGCUGUGUAAUACAAAGACGUCCCGGUGCGAAUUUAAAUGCUUUCCCUCACCCUGCCCCGAGACAGAUUCAUAUGGUUGCUCGCCUGAUGGAGUCUGCCGGAUGCGUUGCUCUGCGUGUGGAGAUACAGCGGUGUGCAAUAAGGGAUUCUGCUACGCCCUUGGAGAUACUGACGACGAGUGUAACAACAAUCUAAUCAAGUCCCAAGGUAUCACUUAUCAAUCCUUCUUGGGUAUGUGCUAUCGAUACUGUGUUACAGAUACAGAUUGCCCGCUCUUCAUGCACUGCUCCUACCAGGGAAAGUGCCUCUAUAAGUGUGUUGAUCCCACCUGUCUCCUGUCCUGCAGUCCAGACGGUCAAUGUCUUUAUGGGUGCACACCGACAGGAUCAGUUACUUGCCCAAACACAGCUGACUAUACAUGCAGGAACAACUUUUGUUACAAAAAAUGUCCCACUACGUCAGCUGAACUGGGGAACAGCGUCUGCAGCAAGUACUUGCCCAACUCUAGAUGCAUAAAGGGUGUAUGCAAGUUUUUUUGUGUAUUGGAUAGCGACUGCGACGCUUACAACGUUUGCAAUGUGGAGACAGGUCUUUGCGAUAAGAACGCAGGAAAGAUAAGCUUAGUUCGGCUGGAAAACUGUUGGGAGGAGGACGUUCAUCUUGUAAUCAAUUACCAGACCUACGAAGCAUGCCUCACGAUUGAGCCAACUCACAAUCAGUUAUGUAGAUUGCAUUUGCCACAAUCUGUUUAUUUAGAAAUUAAUUUUAGCAGCUAUUCCCAGCCACUUAGACGUUUGCUCAACAACUACUCAUACACUAACACAAAAAGUAUCUGCAUAUCCUGUCCUGCUGACCACGUUCGUGAGUGCUGCGAGUCGAUGAGAAUUAGUCAGGCCUCGUCUAUGGCCAUUUACACAGAUACCCAUCUGGGCUUUGCUCUAGUAUUAUCUAUGACGACAUUAACAGCCAAUUACGCUAACUGCUUUGAUUCCCUGGCUUCCACACUACUAAUUCGCAACCCGGAGCGAUCUACCACAGGGGAGACGUCGAUAACAGAGAAGUUUGCAUGCUGUACUUUCAUGAAGUCCACGGGAACAUGCACCUUUCUGGCCAACUACCGCAUCACAAAGUUCCAGUUUGUAGUGUCGUCUGAUGGUUCCAGCUAUCCCUUCUAUCCCAACCGUGAACAUUAUGAUCCCCAGUCAGGCGUCUAUUGUGUGGAAUAUGAUGACGAUCAUACCGAAGAAAUUGCUCUCUUGAAUAGUUUCAUUGCAGACCCCUGGACUCGAGCCACCUUUGAACUGGAGGCAGUCGUCGAUAAGAUCACCAUUCGCUCAACAACAGAGAUGGACGUACUGAGGACUUCAUACAGGAGUGAGUGUUAUUCAACCAUCGACACGUUUAUAUUGCCAGACCUUGUCUACGUACAGCUGGUAACCAACGGCACGGCAAUCAGUUCCUGCACGCUUCCACAAGGCGUGAACACAGUUGACAUGCGCAUUAAUAUUCAGAACCUUGUCACCGGUCAGAAGAUGAGCUUAUCCUUCCAAUUCCCCAAGUUUCAAUUCAACGCCAACAAGCGACUUUUCUUCUUUGCUGUUACCAAGGAAGAGAAGGAGCAAACACUACGCUUUUACAACUACAUGCGGGCCAAUGGGUCGAUAUCAAAGUUCACUGGAUCUCUGGGGUACAGCUACCGUCGACCGGGAGAGACGACCUCAGCUGCUGCAUCAAAGUUUUUCUUCGACACCCUCACUCCGGCAUGUUUCAAUUAUACAGUCGCAGUGAUCGAGAAUGACGGUCUACGUAUUCAGCUUCAAAACGUGCGCGCGAAGGAUUGUGCUCUUCCAUCCAUCAAGAUGCCUUUCACAGCUUCUGUGGAGAUUUUCUCCAAUGACGACCUGAUCUCUACGCUAGGAUCCUUCAGCAAACAUCUUAACUUUAGUACUCUCGUGUCCACCAUCUAUUUCUCGUGCACUACUGACUUCAAAAGGGGCGACUCUCCCCAGGUCUCUUCCAUGAACUCACUCACCAUUGAAAAGGCUUGCUUGGCUACGCUAAAGGAUAUGUGGAAAUAUCGCAAGCAGCGUAUUGUAGGGCUACAGCUCACCGUGGAUCCCUCAAUAGCUGACUAUGUGAGCUAUAAAUCCCCCAUGAUGACGAUGAGUACCAUUCAGAACAUGGAUUAUAGUACCGUUUAUUUCAUUUGCGGUAUUCUUUCCGGUAGCAUAGUUGGAGCAGGGCUCAUCUUUGGGAUAAUAAUGAUCGUUAGAGUGCAGAAACAGGCCAAACAGUUCAUAAAGCUCCACAAGCAAGCCAAGAAAAGAGGGAAACAAAAGUGA